GCAACCCGGAAGUGGUGUUUAGUUUUAUUAGCAUGCUGAGCUAAUUCUUUUCGUCUGCAACUGGAAAACAUGGGGGAUGUGUUUCACAGCCAUCAAUGACAACGUUGCUACCCACUAUCAAUUUGUAGCAAGGCUGUAAAACCAAAGGUUGUUUUUAUUUAAGCUGCUGGGCCACGCCUGACAAUGGAGUCCAUGUUGAACAAGUUAAAAAGCACGGUCACUAAAGUGACAGCAGAUGUCACCAGCGCCGUUAUGGGAAACCCGGUGACGAGAGAGUUCGAGGUCGGGCGGCAUAUAGCGAGUGGCGGUCCCGGGCUGUGCUGGAGGAUUUAUAACGGCACCAAGAAGUCCACCAAACAGGAAGUGGCGGUGUUUGUGUUUGACAAGAAGAUUAUUGACAAAUACCAGAAAUUUGAUAAGGACCAAAUCAUCGAUUCGCUGAAAAAAGGAGUGCAACAGCUGACCCGACUGCGUCACCCUCGUCUCUUGACCGUGCAGCAUCCUCUGGAGGAGUCACGAGACUGCUUAGCAUUCUGCACAGAGCCCGUGUUCGCCAGUUUAUCUAAUGUGUUGGGCCAGUGGGACAACCUGCCCAGUCCUGUGCCCAACGACAUCAAAGAGUACAAACUCUUCGAUGUGGAAACAAAAUACGGCUUACUACAGAUCUCGGAGGGUUUGUCUUUUCUCCACGGCGGGGUAAAAAUGGUCCACGGCAACCUGUGCCUAGAAAAUAUCAUCCUCAACAAGAGUGGAGCCUGGAAAAUAAUGGGCUUUGACUUCAGCAUCUCCUCCGUCAACCCCUCAGACGCUGAGCCUAAGUACUCCUGUAAGGAGUGGGAGCCCAACCUUCCUCCCCUGUGCCUCCCUAACCCCGAGUACUUGGCCCCUGAAUACAUCCUGUCUGUCAGCUGUGACGCCGCCUCUGACAUGUACUCCCUCGGUGUGGUCAUGCACUCCGUGUUCAACGAAGGCAAGCCCGUGUUCCAAGUCAACAAGCACGACAUCUUUAAGAGUUUCAGCAGGCAGCUGGAUCAGCUGAGCAACAUGAACCCAGCCCUGCUGAACAAAAUCCCAGAGGAGGUGCGGGAGCACGUCAAGAUGCUGCUCAGCGUGACUCCAAACGUCCGUCCCGACGCCGACCAGAUGACCAAGAUUCCCUUUUUUGAUGACGUUGGUGCCGUGACCCUCCAGUACUUCGACACCCUCUUCCAAAGAGACAACCUCCAGAAGUCCCAGUUCUACAAAGGACUCCCCAAAGUUCUGCCCAAGCUACCAAAGAGAGUUGUGGUUUAUCGCAUCCUGCCAGCGUUGACCUCUGAGUUUGUCAACCCAGACAUGGUCCCCUUUGUGCUUCCCAACGUUCUGCUGAUUGCAGAGGAUUGCACCAAGGAGGAGUACGUCCGCCUCAUCCUGCCUGACCUAACGCCUGUGUUCAAACAGCAGGAGCCCAUCCAGGCUAGUAACAUGAUCCUGCUGAUAUUCUUGCAAAAGAUGGACCUGCUUCUGACAAAGACGCCUUCAGAGGACAUCAAGAACAGUGUCCUCCCAAUGGUCUACAGAGCUCUUGAGGCUCCUUCAGUUCAGAUCCAGGAGCUGUGUCUGAACAUCAUCCCAACAUUCGCCAACCUGAUUGACUACCCGGCCAUGAAGAAUUCCCUCAUCCCCCGCAUCAAAUCGGCCUGCUUACAAACUUCCUCGUUGGCUGUUCGAGUGAAUUCUCUGGUUUGUCUGGGAAAGAUUUUGGAAUAUCUGGAUAAGUGGUUUGUCAUUGAUGAGAUCCUGCCGUUCCUGCUGCAGAUCCCCUCUAGAGAGCCCGCAGUGCUGAUGGGCGUUUUAGGAAUCUAUAAAUGCACAUUUAGCCACAAGAAGCUUGGGAUCCCUAAAGAGCAUCUCGCCACUAAGAGCCUACCCCACCUGGUGUCUCUUAGCAUAGACAACAACCUGAACCUUAAUCAGUUUAACUCUUUCAUGGUGGUUAUCCGCGAAAUGCUGAGUCGCAUGGAGGCCGAACACAAGACCAAGCUGGAGCAGCUGCACGCGAUGCAGGAGCAGCAGAGGAGUCUGAACAUCUCUAAUCCAGCAAACCAAUCAGAAGAUAGGAAGAGUCCACCCAGCUCUGGAAACCAGAUUGAUGACAUCUUUGGCAGCACGAGUGUUAAUGGGAAGGAAAACGGAUCCUCGGUUGCGACCUCACAGCCUAACAGGAUGUCUCUGACUCUGGAGGAGAAGCAGAGGCUGGCUAAGGAGCAGGAGCAGGCAGCCAAGCUGAGGAGCCAGCAGCCGUUGGCGCCGCAGAGCAUCAAACCAGCAGCCAACACCAACUCACAGACGAAGGACCUGACCAGCAGUCUGAUGAACAACAUGACGUCUCUGUCCCUGGCUGGCUCCGCACGGCCGCCUCCAGUUCAGGGCUCCACCAUGUCUGCCUUCCCUUCCUCCAGCCCCAUGGCUGGCUCCAUGGGUGCCCCAGUUUCUAAUGGUUUCAACCCAGCUAUGGGCUUCCAGACAGCAAGCGUGGGAAUGGGAAUGGGAAUGGGUCCGUCAGGUCCCGGCUUCUACGGCGGCAUGGCCUCCACCACCAGCACCCCAAACUUUGGAGCCCUAACUCAGGGAGCGGUGGGACAGAGCGGUAAACCUCCUGACAUGUCCGCCUUGGACAGUCUGUUCACGCCCAACAAGCCCAAAGUCCCGCUCAAACAAAUGGGUCCAAUAGCGCCACCUGGAGCCAACACAGCCUGGCUCAGUCAGUUUGGUUCAGCCCAGAACGCUCAGACUCCGAUGCAGGGUGUGUCUGUGGGCUUGGGAGGGAUGUCCAGUGGCUUUGGGAUGCAAGCAAACCCGUUUUUCAGCCCGCAGAACUUUUCUCAACCGGCUGCUCCGAGCAUGAACCCGACUGGCGUUAAACAGAGCUCUUCUGUCAACAAUGACCUGAAAGACCUCUUUGGUUAAGGAUCUGGGGUUAACGAGACGCUGAAUGAUUGUGGAGAACUUGCAAGAGUUAGAUUGUUUGUUUGUAUUUUUUAGGCCACUUGGACUCAAAACCUGACUUGUUUUCACAUUCUGCUGGAAAAUGAACCAGAUUUCCAUUUCUACCGGACCAGAGGGGCGAGCUGUGGGGAUGGGAACCACGUGUUUGAAUUCUGGGGGUUUAAUACAGUUUUAUACUUCAAAAUGUGUGGGGUUGAAACUUGAUUUGGAUUAUUUAAAGAAAAAAUAACGCAUUCCUCUCAUAUUCAAUAGAUGAUUUCUAUGCUUUUACUGCUCUUCCCAGAAUAUUUUAGUAUUUCUGCUGCAUGUCUAAAGCGAUCAGAUGUUUGGCUGCGAAACAAAGACGCCCGAGUCCAGUAGGAGGUAGCGGGAAGCUGCAGCCACUGAUCUGCAUCCAAAUCUGGAACCAAACCAAUCACAAGCAUCAGACCAGCAGUUUUGCUUAAAGUGGGGCAAAAGACACAGCCGUCUCCAUGGCAACUCUUCCUUUGCAGCAUCACUAAUCCAAUCUUUUUCAACAAUCUCUGCCUUUUUUCUUCAUUUAUUUUGAUAAUUUAACAUAAGGAAAAAAUCUGAAUGAAUCAGCAUAUCACUGACUUGACCAGAUGUUUAGUUUGAACAUUUUCUGAUUUAUUUUGUGAUUGUGCCUUGGAGUGGUACACAAACGCUCAUCCUUCCGCCUCAGGCUGAGCUUUGAGCCAGUAGUGCUGCCUCGUCUACAAAAAUAUCAUUUAAAAAAAAUCCUCGAUUAUUUAUUUCCAGCAACCAAUCACAUUUAAUUUCAUCUGUUUAUUUCCACAUCAUCUCAACGACUCGCUGUUUCUAAGCAACGCUGCCAUCCUGACACUUGGUGGUUUUCUGAAACAAAAUCGUAUAUAUUUGUACUCCAGCUGUGUGAUGGGCUGUGCUGCUGAUGUAUGAAGUGUAAAUGUACAGUUAUUUAAAAGGGAUUAGUUUGCCGGGGGUCUUGUGAAUCUGGUAAAGAGGCCUUAGAUGAGUCGAGUGCAAUAAUCCUUCCUGUUGAGGACCAGCUUCAUUUACUUCAUUAGGUUUUCUUAACAGCUGAGCUUUAACAUCCAUUUGUUUGAAAUCUUACAUUUUAGAGAGGAGUCACUCAUCCUGGGGUUUUAAUGCUCUGAUUUAUUCUUGUGAUGAUGAUUGCUGUUGGUGUCUUUUAAUUCAAUCAUGUAAAAGAAGUUCCACAUAAACAAAAACCACCACAGACACACAGUGUUACACACUCAUCCAACCUGCCAGGCUUCACUUUCUGUGUGUGUGUGUGCGAGUGAAGGCUUUUUGCACCAGUUUUGGUUCUUCUCUGGUUGGACAUCGUGGCAGAUCUGCCAGAGUUCACUCUUUCUACGAAGCGAUUAGUAACUGUCCUUCCUGUGAAGUGUGAGCUUCGUUUGUGUAGAGGUGCUGGCGUCCGAGAUGGUUUAAUGAAGAGCUGUAAAUAUAUAUAUAUAUAUAUAAAAAAAUACACAAUCUGAUAUUCUUAA